AUGGCAGAGGAGGCGGAGUUCUGUCUCACCGCGCUCUAUAUAAGCGGGCAGUGGCCGCGACUGCGCGGUGAUCCUGACCUUCAGUGUGUUGGCUCCAGCGCCAUGGCGCCCUCCAGGAAGUUUUUUGUGGGGGGGAACUGGAAGAUGAAUGGGAGGAAGACGAAUCUAGGGGAACUCAUCUGCACCCUGAACGCGGCCAAGGUGCCGGCCGACACCGAGGUGGUUUGUGCACCCCCCACCGCCUACAUCGACUUUGCCAGGCAGAAGCUAGAUCCUAAGAUUGCUGUGGCUGCCCAGAACUGCUACAAAGUGACUAAUGGGGCCUUUACUGGGGAGAUCAGCCCUGGAAUGAUCAAAGACUGUGGAGCCACAUGGGUCGUCCUGGGGCACUCGGAGAGAAGGCACGUCUUUGGGGAAUCAGAUGAGCUAAUUGGGCAGAAAGUGGCCCAUGCCCUGGCCGAGGGACUUGGAGUGAUCGCCUGCAUUGGGGAGAAGCUAGAUGAGAGGGAAGCUGGCAUCACUGAGAAGGUCGUUUUUGAACAAACCAAGGUUAUCGCAGAUAACGUGAAGGACUGGAACAAGGUUGUUCUGGCCUAUGAACCUGUGUGGGCCAUUGGUACAGGCAAGACUGCAACACCUCAACAGGCCCAGGAAGUACAUGAAAAGCUCCGGGGAUGGCUUAAGUCCAAUGUGUCUGAUGCAGUGGCUCAGAGCACCCGCAUCAUUUAUGGAGGUUCUGUGACUGGGGCAAACUGCAAGGAGCUGGCAACCCAGCCUGAUGUGGAUGGCUUCCUUGUGGGUGGUGCGUCCCUCAAGCCUGAAUUUGUGGACAUCAUCAAUGCCAAACAAUAAGCUCCAUCCAUCUUCCCUACCCUUCCUGCUAUGCCAAGAACUACAAAGCCCAGAAGUCCAAUAACUACGCCCCCCCACCCCCACACAUGCUUCUGGUGGUAUCACCUGCCUCUUCUCGUGGCCUAAUCCAAACUGUACCUCUCCUUUACCAUUUACACCAUACCUGUUAAUGGUUGGGGCAAUCCCUUCUCCACUUACUAUAAUAAUUGGAACAAAACAUCACCAAGGUGACUUCUCCUUGGCUGAGAGGUAGAAGGGGUAGAGUUUGCUCAUGGGGUCCCCUCAGUUCCCAGUGAAGGCAGGAAAGAGAAGCCUCCCUCCUCUCCCAUCUCAUACCAUGGGGCCAAGGGCUGGGAGAGAGCCCUGUCCUUCCCUGAGGCCAGGGGUGCUGUUCUCACCCCUAGUGCCAACGCCUGUGUGUGUUGUGUUUGUGAGCAGUCCCACUUGGGGGUGGGAAUAAACACCUGGCACUAA